GCGCCUUGAGUCAAUUUGAUUGUUUUGGCGCUAUAUAAAUAAAAUGUAAUUUAAUUAACUUCCUUAUGGCAUUCCUCACUCCUCAUUUUCAGGCUGGUAAACGUUUUAAAAUGAUGUCUACAUGAUUUCAGUUUGCUCUGAAAAUCUUAUACAUGUAUUUUGGAAGCAGAUAUUUUCUACUCCGCAUUAUCUUCCAUGUUUUGAAUGGCAUAUUAGCGCGGAUAACAUUGUGUUUAAUAAAACUGCUCUCCCCCUUGGUCGGAACUUCUGGCACAAAGAAGGCUGGGAGAAUAGGGAAGGUAUCCUGCAACAUGCGGCUUUAAUCCCACAGUUCAAUCCACAUUUAUUACUACUGUUCCACUGUUUCUCUCUCUCAGCAGCUUCAACACGGAGGUAGAGUGAAACCCAUGCAUGCCCCCCCUCCCAAGCAUGCCCCCCCUCCCCCACCUUCACCCAGGCCCCAGAGCCUCACCCAAGGGCAGGCUGAGAGUGCAGACCAGACACAACCCCACGAGGAGCUGUACGAAUACAUAGAACCUCAGGGGGAAAAUCCUGCCCUGUCUCCAGAACAUCAUCACAGCAAGACAGGGCUCAUCAUACAGAACUGUAUGGAGGAAUUAAAGAUCCAGCAAGAACCACCAGAGAAAUGUUUGUAUAUUGAAGAACCUCUUUAUAUUGAUCCAGACGAGCUCAACCUCCCGGUUCGCAAACUCAAGCCCUUCCGUCCUCCUCCGCCAAGCAGUGCUUCCAUACGACACGCUGCCUCUGAACGCUCACACACUGAACACUACAAGAGAGGUGACCCCGGCGAUAGCCAUGCGGACACAAGCCAGAAGUCAGGCCUGCGCCCUCAGCUGUCUCUCCCGAGCCACCUUCCCAUGGCCAGCAGGGGGCCUCAGCGGACCGUCUCCAGCUCAAAGAAUGACUUGGACAUGCUCAUGGAGUGGUGGGGUACUACCAAAUGCUGGGAAAACCUUUAUGAAUCUGACAUAAACCACCAAGUACAAGAGCAGAACCAACAAACCCUUGUCUCAGUUGCCCAGCGGGUCCGGUUGGCUCUGCAGCUGUUUGAGUGCCUCCAUUUCCACCGGGGCCAGCUCUUUAACAGCCACAUCACCCAGCUCCAUGGCCUCGCAGACCAACUCGACCAGACCAGCAAGAAAGCCAAGGUGGCGGGAAUCACCGGAGGUAGCAUGGCAGCCGCGGCGGGCAUAGUCCUAGCCCCCGUCACCCUGGGCUUAUCUCUGGCCGCCACUGCCAUCGGCGUGGGAUUCGCUGUCGGGGGAGCCAAGGGUGGGUCGGCGGCCAUGACCGAUAAGUUGUACAGCAGCCAGGAGAGGAAGAAGGUGGAAGAGAUUCUGCAAGAGCACAAAGCUCAGAUGAAGGACGUGGAGGGUUGCCUGCAGUUUAUCAACAUGGGUAUAGAGCGCCUCUGCAAGUUCGAGCCCUUGACCCUGCAGGGCGCGGACGAGGAAGUGGUGAAGAUGACGAGGAUAGCGCAGAUCUUGGGCAGAAAUUCUGAUCUACGUCCUGCAGCUUUGUCCUCCGACGCACUGGACGGGUUCACGGCAGGCAUGGACAUUUAUUUCGAAAAACAACCGAAAAGAAAAAGGGCUUAGAGACCAAGCUUGCCAAGAAGAUCCGCGAGCUUGCCGAACAGAUGAAGAGUGGGCUCGACGGGCUGAUGGACAUGAGAGACAAAGUGCGCGCUGCCGAGGAGCAGGUAGAGAUGCGGCAGUGAUUAAAGGACAAACAUGACACUGUGAUUAAAAGGACAAACAUGACACUGUGAUUAAAGUACAAACAUGACACUGCGAUUAAAGGACAAACAUGACACUGCGAUUAAAGGAUAAACAUGACCCUGCGAUUAAAGGACAAACAUGACCCUACGAUUAAAGGACAAACAUGACACUGUGAUUAAAGUACAAACAUGACACUGCGUCCAUGAUUAAAGGCAAACAUGACACUGUGUUGGUGGGAAUUUGCCAUUCACCUCACAGAUUUGGUUUUACAUUUUGUUCUGAUGUCUUUACUUGUUUCAGAUGUGAAUCUUCUAUGGUUACAAAUCAUUUAAAAUCAAAUAAAAAACUGAUGAAAAUG